GCCAAAGGGUCCAACGGGAAAUCGCUGCAACGGAUUAGACCCCUUACGAGAUCCACCCCUCUCUCUCUCUCUCUCUCUAGAACUAUUUAAGAGUAAGUUUUUUCCGUCGUAAUGACGAAUCAACCUUUCUUUUUUUCUCUCUUUUCGUUAUCAAUUGGCAGCAGCAAUGCGUUACCUGGCAACUCUUGCGACCAUAGCAACGUCGCUCAUUCUCCAACAGCACGUAGCUCAAGCAACGAUGCCGGUGUACGUUUCUGGUUAUACUGACAAUGGCGGCCAAGGCAUCUACAAGUACGAUUUCAACGAUGUUACAGGAGAGCUUACGGACGGGUCUCUUGUGGCAGCGGCCAAUGCGCCUUCAUAUUUUAUUAUUAAGCAGAACACACAGACUCUCUAUGCCGUGAGCGAGGUUGGAGACUAUGAAGGCACCAACGGCGGUUCUGUGAUUGCGUUCCAGCGCAAUCCCGACGAUGGAUCGCUUACUGAGAUUAACCAAGAAGCAAACUAUGGUGCCUCGCCUUGCUAUGCCGAAACGGACGGUGCUUACGUUUAUACUGCCAAUUACAUGGGUGGCUCGAUCUCCUCGUUACCGAUCUUGCCCUCUGGCGGUGUUGGCGCACUAGCAUAUUUGGCUAACCAUACCUCACCACCAUCAGGUGGUGUCCCUGAUAGACAAGAGGCAGCACAUGCGCAUUCCUUUGACUUCGUGGACGAGAAUUGGGCUGUCUCAUGCGACCUGGGAACUGACGAGACGAUUGUGUACAAAAAGAUGGAUAAUGGCAAGCUUGAGCAAACAAGCGUCUUCAAGUUUCCCAACGGUACUGGCCCUCGCCAUGUAGCCAUUAGCCAAAGCCGCGAAACCGUGUAUGUGAUGACCGAACUGUACUCGCAAGUCUACGUGCUCCACUUUGACCGUGAAGAAGGAAAGUUGUCUGAAAUCGAGCAUCAUAACGCGGUGCCAGAAGGCGAGGUAAAUGGUGGUGCCGAGAUUGAACUGUCACCGGACGGUAGAUUCUUGUAUGCAUCGGUGCGUUUUGUCAACCUUAUCACGAUCUUUGCCGUCGACCAUGGCACUGGAAAGUUAAAGGUGGUGGAUUACCUAUCUUCGGGUGGUGAUCAUCCUCGACAGUUCAAAAUUGAUCCAUCGGGUCACUUUAUGUUGGUUGGCAACCAGAACUCCAAUAACAUUGUCAUUUUCAAGAUUAACCAAAGCACCGGUCUUUUGGAGGAUGGAGUGGCUAUUGAUCAUCCACAGCCAACCUGCAUUAAAUUUUGGACAUAGAAACCAAUAAAAUAAAUAAAAGCUUUUGCUCAACAAACCCCGG